GAAGAUUAUUUGGACACUAGAGUUGUUCGGUCGUUAGUUAGCCAAGGAUGCGGUUUUAUACAGGCACACUAGUGUUUCUAAUUCCAACUUUAGCUUGGGCGCGACCUAAGUUCAAUGGUGGGAGCAAGGGGCACGGAGGGCCUGUCCAGCAAAGCCCGGUUUUCGAUGAUCUACUGCUGCCCGCCACAAAUGACAAAAUAUACCAGGAGAAACUCAACGAAAUGAGAAAUGCCAGCCGUGUGACUCUGCCAACUCCGUGCGAGACUCUGGAAGCGUAUUCUGGAUUCAUCCCUGUCGACGAUGGCAACCACUCUACGUAUUUGUUCUUCUUGCACAUCAAGUCGCAGAUCGAUGCAGAUAAGAAGCCGCUUCUUCUGUGGCUGCAAGGUGGUCCUGGGAAAUCUGCGCUCCACGGCCAGUUCCUUGAGAAUGGCCCUCUUGGCAUUGAUGCGGGUGGCACGUUGUACCGUAGAAGGCACAGUCUCCUAAAUAAGUUCAACAUUAUCUAUUUGGACCAACCAGCCGGAUCCGGAUACAGCUUUGACAGAAAGAGAGAAUACCCGUCGACACUCGAACAGGCUUCCACUCACGGCAUCAAAUUUCUCAGGCGGUUUCUGAGGAUUUACUCCGAGUACAAGGGAAGAGAUUUCUUCAUCGCUGGAGAAUCCUAUGGAGCAAGGUCAGCUAUUGGCCUGGCGCAGAGAAUGCUGGCACAACCACAGAAGGUUUCUUUGAGCUUGAAGGGAGUGAUGCUUGGCGUUGGCUUUGUCUUCCCGCUUUUGGACAUCAUCAACUCGACCGAUUACCUCUACUGCUCAGGCCUGCUAGACGAACAAGGCCGUACUAGGUUUGCUCAGCAAUUUGACAAAAUGGAGUAUCUGGUCAAGGCACGAAAAUUCAAAGAGGCUGCUGGAUUGCUGAGCCAAACGGUCCUCAACAUGCAUCCGGUUGAAACGAAAAGCUUGUUCGAGGAGCUGACGGGCUUUCAGCACCACGGAAGCAUCGCGAAACCUCUCAGAGCGAGGGAAUUUGAUAAAUAUGCUGAGUACGCAAACAGUCAACAUUUCAAGAAGCUGAUUCACGUUGAUUCUGCCAGAACCCUCGACUCCGCGAGGUCUCAAGUCACAAUGAAGUUAGCUGUAGGAGACUUCUUCGUUGACAAGACGCCAACCUUGGUGGACGUACUGGACAAUGUUCGCGUCCUGUUUUACACAGCACAGCUGGACGCCGUAUUCCCGGCCACUAACAUGGAGCGUUCCUUUGCGAAGUUGCAGUGGCGAGGCGCAGAAAUGUUCAAGAAAGCCCUUCGGAAGCCUUGGUACAAAACAGGCAGUACCUAUAAGGUACCUGUGGGUUACGAGAAAAUGGCAGGUGCAGUAAUGUACAACAGCGUGCUCUUCGGCGGCCAUCACGUGUCAUUCGAUCAGUCGGAGGCUGUGAGCGAUUUGUACGACCGGUUUUUAAAGUUUACUGCAAUGCCGGCUCCGCCUGAGCCGGGAAAAAAAUGCGGCACCAGCAAGCAGCCUUGCUAAUCCGGCACCAUUUCAUAAUGUCAAUGUGCCCUUAUGAACCACAGAAACGCUGGUUCAAACAUGGUAUUAGAGUAACUUUGGGUUUGGGCACUGAAUAAACAUAUAUAUUUCUUGGCA